AUGCCGAAGAGAACGCUUUUUACCAACAUCACACCUCUACCCCCACAAGUCUCGCGAGAAGUUGCGAUAGCCAUGCUUCAUAAUCACGAUGAAAUGAUCGAACUCAAUCCCCUGGUCAUCGAACAUCACCCCAUAAAGACCCCGAGAGAUGCCCCGGCCGAUGAAUUCCUUGAUUGCGUCUGGCAAGAAUUGACCGACUCUGUAAACCUAGGGGUAAUGAAGUCGAAAGUCAGCUAUAAGGCAUGUUUCCAUGACACACCAUAUGGACUUCAGACACACAUCUAUGCACCUACCGGGCUAGAUAUCAGGGAAAAGUGGUCAAUAGGUGGCACGCUGCCUGGCGAGCCACCAGAAGCUAGAGAACUGGGUGUCGAAGUGCCGAGACAAGGAUUAUAUCUGAGGGAAGACUGUGAUAUGCGAUGCAAUAGAAUGCUCUCCGGGUUUGUUCGAAAGAACCUCGACAACGCCCACAAAGUGCUGGUUGAGCGCAUUAUGAAGAAAGCUGAGCGAGUCGAGGAACAUGUGCAGAACAAUGGCGGACCACCAGUGACGCCAGCCAGUCCAAUGCACCAAUUCCAGCCUGGCUCACACAUGGCCAAGUCACAACUUCUCAGCACUCCAAUUGACCGACCUUUGUCUCCGCAGAUGCUCUCGCCUCAACAAGAUCUCGGCUGGCAGGGAAUGGCGAACCACCCCGCCUUCCGUACGGACGACAAGCGCAUGAGCAGUUAUGGCCCUCCGGCAUACAAUAUACCACAAAACGGCAUGGGCUACUAUGCUCAGAUACAUCAGCCCCCACAAGGGGCCAAGUCAUUUGUGGCCGAAUUGCCUGGGUCGACCUAUCAUACGGCACACCUCGCACCGCCGAAUGACUACAACCCUCGCGCCAACAAUCGCAUGUCCAUGGUUUCGGAAUUGUCAAGUUCGGACGCCACACAGAGGGGAUCACCAAAUCCGCAAGCCAACUCUGAUCGGAUGAGUACGAUUUCAGACAUGACGACCCAGUAUCGGUAUAGCACGCAGUAUGGGCACAGCACUAGCCAGUCCGAAUCGUCUGGACCUUCAGACCGCUACAGUAUGCUCUCCGAGCUGCCCUCUCAGCACCAAGAGCAACCACUAGAUACCAGGAGUGCGUCUCCAUCGCGAUGA